CUGAACGACCUGAAGGCGCUACUCAUGUAUCGCUGUUAACAUGGCGCUUCCUGUGCCGUAGUGCGGUGUUUGGGAGCUUAAGUUGUCGAGGAUCAGCUUUGCUCCAAGUUUCUGUCGCACAUUUCACAGAGAAUCCAACGCCGCACCUAGCUAUAACGUAUCACUACAAUACAUCGACUGCAUUCGAGCUGGGAAGCUCACUGCAACGCACACGGCAAGCUGGAAUCGGUACCUGCCCCGCCAACGCGUACCUUUGCACGCGUGCCUUCGGCGUGUUUGCGAAGCCUGUAGGAGGUCCUAGACGACGUUGCGCAAGGUAUUGCAGACACAUCGCACAUAAUGGCUUCGGGCAGCAGUGUCGACGCCAGCCCGCACGGCUGGGGUGUCGAUGCCCGCCACGGUGCGAGGUUCCCUUCGGCGACAGCGUCCGGCGCCGGCCCUGUCGCGCUCGCGCUAGGCAUCUGCGCCAGCCGUCGCGGCGGCAUGGGGUCCCUCUCUCGUUCUCUACGCUCCUGGACCGCCCUGCGGACCGCCGGAGCCCCCCUCUCAUCCGCUGCCGGCGGCGCCGUAGCAGGGUCAGGCGCUGCGGCAUCAGCGGCAACAGCGCUGCCCGCCUGGGCCUGUGGCGCCGGAGCCGUCGGCGCCACCACCGCUGCUGCUGCUGCCGGCUCACAUCUUCGCCGUGCCGCCGGGCGCUUCGGCGGCUGGCGCCAGCCGCUGCCACCCACCUCGCUGCAGCCACAGCACCUCCAGACGAACCUGCAACUCCUAGCCAAGCCCGCUGGUUCCGCCCUUCAUACCGCCGCCGCGAGCCACGAGCGGGCCCGCCUCGGACUCGGGCUGGGCUGGCUGCCGGCCCGGCGGCACAUGGCCACCGGCGGCGCCGCGGCCGGCGGCGGCGCCGCCGCCGCGGCCGCCAAGGGCGCGGGCGCCGCCGCCGCGGCCGCCGGCGGCGCGGCCUCGGCGCUGGCGAAGCGUCUGUCGGGCGGGCGGCUGGGGUCGGCUCUGCGACUGCAGGUGGCGGCGGCGUGGCAGAGCUACGGGCGGCUGGUGUAUGGGGGCGUGGCGGUGCUGUCCGUGUACCUGGUGUGGCGGCUCAUGUACGGCGUGUCCAACCUGUUCAUUGAGCUCAACAACACACUGGCCGAGUGGGGGCUGCUGGGUCUGGCUGUGACGGUGGUGGUGAUGGGCGCGCUGUACGGCAGGUGGCGCACCGCCGUCAACCCGGCAGCCGUGUACAGACAGGCAAUGGUGAAGCUGAACACCAACGCCGGCGUGCUCGAGGUGAUGGGCGCCCCGCUGGUGGGCAGCGACGUGCGCGCCUACGUGGUCACAGGCGGGGGGCUGUACCUGAGCAAGAGCAUGCGCAUCAAGCUGCGCAGCCGGCGCAUCCAGAUGAUGUUCCCGCUGUCGGGCCCCGAGCGCAAGGGCCUGGUGUCGCUGGAGGCCAAGAGGAAGGCCGGCCGCUAUGACUGGCGCCUGCUAGCAGUGGACCUGGGCCCAGAGCUGCAGGCCGCGCUGCCCGCCGGCGGCGCACACGCGCUGUCUGCCGCGCCGCCGCCCCGCCAGCCGGCGGCGGCGGGCAAGGAGGGCGGCGCGGAGCAGGCGGCGGCGGCGGCGGCGGCUCGGCAGCAGCGUGUGUACAUCGUGGGUGACGCGGUGGCAUACGGCAAGGGCGGCGUGCUUGGCGAGCUGCGGUCGCCCUUCCUGCAGGCUCUGAGCAACUCGCGUUCGUACGAGGUGGAGGACGAGCUCGAGGAAGAGCUGGACGAGCUCAACGUGCCGCCCGAGCACACCGGCGGCGCCGCCGGCGCCGCCGCCCGCGGCCUGGCGGCGGCGGCGGCGGGGCUCCAAUCCAGGGUGCGGGCGGCGGCGGGCGACGCAGCGGCGUUGCUGCGCAAGGCCGGUUCGCCGGAGUUGUCGGCGGUGGAGGGCGGCGCGGCGGCGGCGGCAGCGGCGGAGGCGGGCGCGAAGGUGGAGGCCAAGGCGGUGAAGGAGGAGGCGAAGCAGCAGCAGCGGGAGAAGGAGGUGGUGGCGAAGGAGGAGGCGGUGGCGAAGGAGGAGGUGCGGGGGGUGGGCGAGCAGGCGGCAGCGGGGAAGGCGGCGACGGAGGGGCCCUCCUGGUGGUCCCGGGUGCGGGCGGUGGUGUCGGGGCCAAGUGAGGGGAAGUGAGGGGUAAGCGGUGGGACAGGCGGGUCAGCACAACGCUGUCAACGUUUUCCUGCAGCAGGAUUUGCGUGUUGUGGGAGGAGGGGGGAGGGGGGCAGGUGGGUCCUGAGUAGCUUUAAGUCAGGGUAGUCGCCGCGAAGUGUCUGUGUAUGCGUUGAAUGCUGCGGCGGUAAUUGGUUGCGUGCCCUGGUGCGGUAAUUGGUUGCGUGCCCACGUGCAGCUGAAGCUCCCCUGCGUUCCGUUUGCGUAGUAUAUGCAGCCCUUGGCUCACGCGGGUUCUCGGGUGAGGUUAAGCUGGACCUACGAUUCGCUUGUUUGCCAAGCCUUCCGUUCCUGCUUUAUGCUCGGUGCAGUUGGUUGGGCUGUAGACGUGGUAACGUUUGCAAGGCAUACUCUAUUGAACACCAGCUUGGCUCGCACCGCGACGCAGAGUCAGGCAGCAUAGGCAGCAAGCAAUCGAGACUUCAUGGCCGUGGCGCGCGAGCGCCCUUUCCUUGCAUCGCAAGCGCCUUUCCGAAUGAAACCGUGGGCUCAAUCAAUAUGCAACACUGUUGGUUGUGGAAGCUGGUGAUUACGUGACGAGCAACGAGCAAAAAGCCGGCCUGCGGCUGAAGCACUCGCCUGCAGUUGGGUCGGCCGGCGCGCCUGACUGUCCCUGUUGCUGAACACGCCUGUUCUGGCGUGCUAACGCUACUGCUCUCAAGCACAUUGAGUACACAACUUUGAAAUUCGUAUUGCAAAGGACUAGUA